AUGGGCCCCUGUAUGGGCCCCUGUAUGGGCUCCUGUAUGGGCUCCUGUAUGGGCUCCUGUAUGGGCUCCUGUAUGGGCUCCUGUAUGGGCUCCUGUAUGGGCUCCUGUAUGGGCUCCUGUAUGGGCUCCUGUAUGGGCUCCUGUAUGGGCUCCUGUAUGGGCUCCUGUAUGGGCUCCUGUAUGAGCGCUCACAGCUUUGGAGCAUGUAUCAGGAGCUUCACAGGUGCACGAUUCCGCCUCACUGUGACUGACCAACAUCUCAGAUCUGUUCUGCGAGGCUCUUGUGAGAGGGAGUCAGAGAAAAACCCUGAGUGCAGGGCAUGUCCAUGGUCUGGUAAGGGCCCAAGAGCUCAGUGA